GUGUGCUGCAUCUACUUCUGGCUCGCCGCCCAGUGGGUCGCCCUGCUUGGGGCGCUGCACGAGGGGGCUGGCCAAUCCAACGUGAUCACGCUGGGGUACAUCUGGCUGUUGCUGGCCAGCCUCAGCGCCUGCGGAAACGCAAGUUUGAUGACAAACCCCAUGCAG